AUGGAGAUCUACAUGAACGAGAAUGGUUUGAAGAAGUAUAUUCUCGGUACGGAGGUUCGUCCGGACAAUAAUACUACAGUGUGGGAUCCGAAGGAUGGUGAAGCCCAGAGUUUUCUGAUGCAUGGGCUCGAGUUGGAACAAUUAAGGUAUAAUUGUGAUACCGCAGCGAAGAUGUGGGCAAGGCUCGCUUCAGUGCAUUCUGAGAAAAGCGAUCAGACAUCGCAAGUUUUACUCGAUCAAUUCAUUAAUGCUCGAAUGAAAGAGGGUACUGAGAAGAUGCCAGUUAUUAUUGCAAAAGUCCUGGGCAGUGUACCACGUGCUUUCAACAGCGUCAGAUGUGCCUGGUAUGCUGUGUCUAAAGCAGAGCAGACGCCAGGUAAACUCACUCAGAACUUGUUUACUGAGGAAGCUGUGUUGAAGGGUAGACCUGAUGGAGGUGAAGCGAAUCGUUCUGAGGCUGCUUUCGACGUUACGGGUAGGCAGAAUCGAGGCAGAGGCAGAGAUCGAGACGGAGGUGGACACGGUUUUUCACAUCAAGUACAAGGUAUGGACUCACAAAGCCAAAAUGCGUAUAAUGGAAAUAAUAAUUAUCCGAGCGAGUUCCAGAACAAUGUGCAAGAUGAGAAUUUCAAUAAUCACGCAUUUAAUCCAGAGAGUCAAGUGUAUUCGGCUGGUGCUACCGUACUAGCUGCUGACAGUGAAUCGAAUCGUACUAGAGGAUGCAGCUCAAGGUUCGCAGAUUCUGGUGCAACUGAACAUAUGUGUUUCAAGAGAGAAUGGUUCACAAAUUUCGUACCUUUCACUGACAGGAAAUACUCUGAAGAGAAAGCAGACAUUAAAGUUGAAUCAUGUCUUGCUAAUGACUGUUCAGUAGAAUUAAUUAUGCCAGAUGUUCAGUAUGUGCCAGAAAUUGAGAAAAAUUUAGUAUCAAUAUGCAGAUGCCCAUCAAGAGGCGUGAGUGUGCUAUUUGAGAAAGGAGGUCAUAGAGUUUGCUUCUUUAGAAACGGUCAGAUAGUAUUGGAUGGAUUUAAAGAGCAGAAGCUGUACAGAUUGAAUAUGCAAUCAAUUGUUGGUGCUGAAGCACAAUUAGCAAGCACAGAAACACUGAUGACAUGA